AUGCGCUAUCCGCGGCGGCUGUACGAUUCGUCCAUCGCACGGGCCGACGCACGGGCAGCCGGCGCUCCGCCGUCGCGGACUGCAUGCCGAGCCGCAGCCGCGGCUCCAGUCGCGAUCGCCGCCGCAGCGUCGCGGCCUGCCGCCGUCGCGGUCGAUGGCCGGCUCCUCGUCGGGUAUGCGGACGCCGCCGAAAAGGCGGCGCCGCUUCUCGACCCGUGGCACGGCUCACCGAUCUCGCCACUGACAGGUAAGCCAAUGUCAUAUGCGAUGGUGUCGCCGGACCGGGGCUCGGGCAAGGCGCUCUCGCCGCACGCGGCCGAGCUCUUCUCGCCGCAGCUGAUGAAGACCAUCACCGACUCGCUCGAGGCGGCAGACUCGCCCAAGUCUGCGCAAGAAAUCCUGCGAUCGGCGUCGCGACUGCUGAACCUCAAGCCGGGCGGUUCGCCGACCGGUUUCUCGCUCCGUGCCGCGCGCGCCGAGCAAGAGCUCACGUACGACGACGUCGAGGAUUCGCGCGAGGCACAGCGGCGCGAGUUGGCGCGCCGACACAAGCUCGAGCUGGAGAAGCAGAUAGAGCUGAAGAAGCUGCGCGACGCGCAGGAGAAGGCGACCCAGAUUCUGCUCUCGCCCGAGGAGGCUGACCACCUCGAGCGGAUGAAGGCUGAGGACGCGACGCGCAAGGCGCGGCUUGCCACGCAGCGCGACGACGCCAAGCGCCGGGCGCUUCAGGCGAUGGCGGCCGUGGAGGAGGUCCGCGAGUUUGAGCACGACUGGAAGAUCAAGGAACACAAGUCGGUCCAGGAGGCUAUUGCCGACGCGCAGCAAGCUGAGCGCGACGAGCGCGCCGCUCGGUAUAACGCCCGCAUGCGGCUGCAGGCCGAACGCGACGAGCAGCUGCAGCUGGUCCGUGCCGAGCGAGCUCGUCGCGAAAAGGAGGAGGCCGACGCUGCCCAGCGCGAGUACGAGGCCGCCAUCGCGCUCGAGAACGAGCGCCACGCCGCCCGCGAGGCCGCCAUCGCCGCCCAAAAGGCAAAGUACGAGGCCAAUCUCAAGGCAACGCAGCAGAUUUGGACGGAGAACCAGCAGAAGGAGGAUGACCUCGACUCGCGCAUUCUGGAGCAGUGGCGGAUCAAAGAAGCGGAGCUCGACGCCGAGGCUCAGCGCCGGCUCGAUGCCAAGCGCGCCCGUGAGGCCGAGCAGCGGCGCGUCCUUGCCGAGCAGGUCGCCGCCAAGCGCGCCCGUGAGGAGGCCGAGCGCGCUCGUGAUGCUCAGUUUGCUGCCGAGAUGGCCGCCCAGCAUGAGCGCGACAUGGCUGCCAUGGCGGCCGACCGUGCCGCCCAUCGCGCCAAGCAACGCGAGCAGGCUCGGAUUCUUCAGCGGCAGCUCGACGCCAACCACACCCCUUACGGCGCGUUUGUGUGAUAAUUUACUCUGCCCUCCAUUAUUACACACCCGCGCGUUUGCCA